AUGUCAUCUGAAGAAUUCAAAGCCCAGGGAAACCAGGCUUUCCAAGCCAAGGAUUACGAAAAGGCGGUGUCAUUUUUCACCCAGGCAAUUGAGGCCUCUCCCACCCCUAAUCACAUUUUAUUCUCAAAUCGUUCAGCCGCCUACGCUUCCUUAGGACAGUACCAAGAUGCAUUGGAUGACGCAAAUAAGUGUGUUGAAAUCAAUGGUUCUUGGGCCAAAGGUUACAACAGAGUCGGUGCUGCUCACUACGGAAGAGGUGAGUGGGACGAAGCUCACAAGGCCUACUCCAAAGCUCUAGAAUUAGACCCUGCUAACAAGAUGGCCAAGGAGGGACUCAAUGAGACAGAGAUUGCAAGAGAUGCUGGUAAUGAUGUGAAGAACAUCUUUUCCGAUGCCGGCAUGGUGGAAAAAUUGAAAAAGAACCCAAAGACUGCAGAACUGAUGAAAGACCCAGAGUUGGUGGCAAAAGUGCAAAAGUUGCAAACUGAUCCCAAGUCAAUGUCUCAGGAAUUGUUUUCCGAUCCAAGAUUAAUGACCGUAAUGGGUGCCAUGCUUGGUGUUGAUUUGGGUGUCCAGCCAUCUCAACAGUCUGCCCCACAAGAGGACACUCCUGUGCCUGACGCAUACCCAGAGCCAAGUUCGAAGCCAGAAACUAAUACUACUUCUGCAAAAAACGCAGCUGCUCCAGAACCUGAAAAAGAGGCCACACCUGAGCCAGUUGACAAUUCUAAAGAGGAGGCCGACAAUUUGAAACAACAGGCAAACCAAUUGUACAAGAAGAGGCAGUUCGAUGAGGCUAUUGAGCUUUACAACAAGGCCUGGGAAACUUUCCAGGAUAUUACUUAUUUAAACAACCGUGCUGCUGCAGAGUUUGAAAAGGGAGACUAUGAUGCUACCAUUGAAACCUGUGAAAAUGCUGUCGAGAAAGGUAGAGAAUUAAGAGCUGACUACAAGCUGGUUGCUAAAUCCUUUGCACGUCUUGGAUCUGCCUACUUGAAGAAAGAUGACUUGCCAAACGCAAUCAAAUUCUUUGAAAAAUCUUUGACAGAACACCGUAGCCCUGAUGUCCUCAGCAAACUAAGAGCUGCAGAGGCAGACCUAAAGAAAAAAGAGGCCGAGGAAUAUAUAGAUCCUGAGAAGGCAGAGGAGGCCCGUUUGCAGGGAAAGGAUUUUUUCACCAAAGGUGACUGGCCUGCCGCAGUGAAAGCAUACACAGAGAUGAUUAACAGAGCUCCUAAAGAUGCCAGAGGUUACUCCAACCGUGCUGCAGCUUUAGCCAAACUGAUGUCCUUCCCCGACGCCGUGAAAGACUGUGACAAGGCAAUAGAGCUGGACCCAAGCUUUGUCAGGGCUUAUAUCCGUAAGGCCACUGCCUUGAUUGCCAUGAAGGACUUCAACAAGGCUAUGACCACUUUGGAAGAGGCAAGAACGGUCGACGCUGACACUAAUGAGGGAAAAGCUGCCAACGAAAUCAACGGCUUAUACUACAAGGCCUCGUCCCAGAGAUUUGCUGCAAUUGAUGGGGAAACUCCCGAACAGACUUUUGAACGUGCUAGCAAGGACCCUGAAGUUUCGGCUAUUCUCCAAGAUCCCGUGAUGAACUCUAUUCUACAGCAAGCAAGAGAGAACCCUGCUGCUUUGCAAGAGCACAUGAAGAACCCCGAAGUUGCAAAGAAGAUCAACAUACUCAUUGCUGCCGGUGUCAUUCGUACUCGUUAA